AUGGAAAGAUUAUUAGCAUUUACUGUGAUUAUUUUAUCUCUUUCUCAAGAGAUCAGAGGGCAACUUGUAAACAACACGACAACAAAACCAAGUGACAAAGAACAGAAGGUGACAUUUUAUGAGGAGGUCGAGGCCGGCUUAAACGAUGACGACUACCGACGUGUAAACAAAUCAGCAAAUAGACUGACCCAUCUUAGCGAAGACUUUAAUGUCAUUAUUAAGGAUGAUAUCAGCGAAGAAGAAGAUGACGAAUUUGAUAAAAUGAUGGCUGAAAUCAGAAUGUCAGCGCCUACGGUUUCAAAAAUCAAAAAACGCGAAGUGGAUGAUGAGGGAUCAGGAGAUGAUGCAUACGGUUUUGAAGACACGUGCAGUGCUCCGUGUGGAUGCCGUCCAGGACCACAACUCUCUCUAUCAAUUUUAACCUCUCUCUAUCACUUUAAUCCUCUUUUUUUUUCUUCCUCUUACACACCCUCUCUUUCUGUCUUUCACACCUACCACAAACUGGGCAGGCGACCAAGAACAUUCUAUUAA